AUGCUGAUAAAGAUGCCAAUAAAGAUGCCAAUGAAUAUACUGAUGAAGAUGCUGAUGAAGUUGCUAAUGGUGACGAUGAUAGUAAUAGUGAUUAUCAUAAUGAUAUUGUUGGCAAUUAUAAUGAUGGCAUUGAUAAUUAUAAUAUGGCUAAUGCAAUAAAUAGAAUAAACAUCCAAGGCUGA